AUACACAAUCAUUGCCUGCUCCGUAUAUUCAAUAACAAGUGAGUCAGACGAAGACACUCAUGAAUAAGUAAUCGAAGGGCAAUUGGGCAUCAGAGGCGACGCCGUGAUAACGUGAGAUCGGAGGCUGAGCGGAGCUGCCGGACCCGGAAGUGAGACGUCGCUGGAUGGAUGGAAUGAAGCAGCAAACGGAGCCGUGCUAUCGCCUUUAGCUCAAAAUCAGCCACGAUUCCCAGUUUUUAUGUAAUAUAUACCUGUAUGCGCAUAGACACAUUCGUGGUAGAUCAGCAGCUACGAAAUAACUUUCACAAGAACGCGCUGCCAACAUGAUGGAGGAAAUCGAUAGAUUCCAAGUGCCGACGGUUCACUCGGAGAUGCAGCCCCUGGACCCAGCGACUUCUUCCACCUUGGAAGGUGACUCUGACACGAGGGAAGGGGAGUCUGUAGCUAUGAACUACAAACCGUCCCCGCUACAGAUGAAAAUAGAGAAACAGAGAGAGCUGGUCAGGAAGGGAUCCCUGAAGAACGGGAAUGUGGGCAGUCCAGUGAACCAGCAGCCCAAGAAGAACAAUGUUAUGGCCAGGACACGGCUGGUCGUUCCCAAUAAAGGCUAUUCCUCUUUAGACCAGAGCCCAGAUGAGAAGCCAUUGGUAGCACUGGAUACAGACAGUGAUGAUGACUUUGACAUGUCCAGAUACUCUUCAUCAGGGUAUUCCUCGGCUGAGGUGAGAUUUCUGAAUGGCCAGCAGAUCAACCAGGAUUUGAAUAUCCAGCUGCUGAAAGAUGGAUAUCGGCUAGAUGAAAUACCAGACGAUGAAGACCUGGACCUCAUUCCACCGAAGUCCGUCAAUCCCACCUGCACCUGCUGCCAGGCCACCUCCUCUGCUGCCUGUCAGAUCCAGUAGUUUGUGUCACUCCCCACAUCUGCAGUGAGUUUACUUUGCCACUAGGGUGGCAACAGUGAGCCAGGGGUGGGUGGGGGAGGUAGGGGGUUGCAGGGCACCUGUAUGAUGAUCACAUGAAAAAAUAUCAGUACAAAACUUGCAUAAAAAGAAAAAACAGAAGUGAGUGGAGACACACUCUUAGUGUUGGGAAAGUUUGGAGGAAUCAGACAGAGGGCUGCCUGGCAUCAUUCUCUUGCCAACACUGUAGAAUCCAUGUUUAUAACAUAUAUAUUGAAAAAAACAUCAAACAACCAUGGAAAUAGCUGAAACAUUUUUACUUCUGAAACACAGACAUACUGGGAACAAGCAACAAUGAGAAGCCAGUCACCCUUUCAGCCGAUCGUGUUUUCCUUUUAUCCAAGGCUCUGUGUAUCUGUACAAGUUUUAAAAUGGACCAGGAGUGAGGGAGUGUGUGUAGCCAGGAUUGAAAACCGUGACGGUUCAGGAUUAUCCAGCUGGUUGGUGCCCCAGGGUAUUCUGGGUAUCUGUAAGAAUUAAACUGAAAGUAUCACUGUAGCAUGGACUAAGAGAUUGCACUUUUUACUCCCCCCCCCAUAUGAAGAUUUUUAAAUUCCGUUAAUAUUUAAAUAACUGUUUGGAGAAGAUUGUAUAAGUGUAACUAAUUUUCCGCUUGACAGAAGGAUACUUUUCUUUUCCUCCAUCGUUAUAGAAAUACUAAAUUGUAAGUCUGAUGUAACUAUUUUCUUUGACAUAUAUAAAUAAAAAUGUCCUAAAUCAUGAUUAAACCAAAGUAGCCUUGACUAUGGGUUUAGAUGCUUAAUUUAGGAUUUGCUUCCCAGUGUACAACUCCUGCUGCUUCCACUAUUUAACAGUUCCCUGUUUAAGAAAACUUCAAAGGGACUCACUCCUCACAAAGGGGAAUCACUUGAGGUUUGUGAGACUUGAAUGUAUGAUAUGUAAUAUGAAAGAAUUGGUUUUUGGUACUAUGUAGCCUACCUCCUGUGGGUAUAGCAAAACCAGAUGUGUGUGAACAGUCCAUUAGAAGUUUAUUUUACAACAAAGGAAUCAGAGGGAAUUUGUGGCUGAUUUAAACAUUUAAAUGCUAUUGUGUGUUCCCCUACUGGUGUGAAUGGUAUACAUUGCAUGCAUUGCCUAAAAUCCAUUUGCUGCUGGCAAAUGAAAAAGAAAUGUUUUGCUUUUUUCCCCAAGCGAAAUGUUCAGCAACCUUAGUCUUUGAAAAUCCAGAAACACACCUUUUUAUGAUAAUGGUGUAAAGAAGAUAGAAAUUGGUAGUUGAUAACUUAUAGGUAAAAAUAAUACAUUAUGUAUUUAAAGCUUUUAUAGCCAAGUUGAGCAAGAUUUACUAAGGUUAAAAAAAAGAAACCUUAAAGUCUCUGGCAAAUGCUACUGGUUCAGGGGUGGGUAAUCUUAUCUUGAAAGGGCCGGUGUGUAUGUGGGUUUUUGCUGCAGCUCUAUAAUUAAAUCACGUAAUUAGAGGACUGAUUGGCUGAAGAGUCCUCACACCUGGGUUUGAGCCGCUGACCUAAAGAUUAUCUCAGAAACCUGUAUAUGCUCUGGCCCUUCGUGGAUAAGACUGGCCACCCCUGUACUAGUUACUAGUUAAAUUUGCUAGGAUCUUUCUCUUCAAACAUUUAGAUAUAAUUGCACAGUGGUCAUAUUUUUCACCAGUAUGUGGUACACCAAACUUGGUAUACCAAAUCUGAAAAAUUCUCUGAACUCUGCAUGUGGCAAAAAAAUGCAAAUUAGAAAUGAUUUUUUCCCCUAAAUUUAAAUUUAUUGGGUAUCAAAAUGUGUACGUGUGUGAGAGAAGCAAUGGAAUACCGGAGUCAUAAUUCUAGAUUAAUAUUUUAACGGUAGUAAAAUGGAAGCUCAAAGCUCUCAAUGAGGAGGAACAUUUUUUUUCAGUUAUGGAUCAGUGUAAAAUUGCAGUUCUGUUACAGAAUGUAAUGGGCGAUUGUCUCAAAUUUCCUUUCAGUACUCUGUUGUUUUUUUGUCACACUGGGCCAUUUAGCAUUUUGAGCAUGGCGGUGACCGUGGAAUUAUGAAAAAUAUGCAACGUUCAUUCUGUAUAACAUUGGAAUGAAAAGGUCCCAGGCAGCAAUGCCAACCUGCAGAUUUGUUCAAGAAGCAUGAUCAAAACCGUCAAUUAAUCAUUUUUAUUUUUUAAAUCUCCGCACAUGUCUUUGUAUAUCUUUGCACAUGUCAAUGGAUAAAGCUCUCUGCCAUAGAAUUUGCUUUUCUUCUGUGUUGUAUGAAUUGUACCUGUAAAUAAAUGAACAGUUCUAGUGAUGGAACUAGAGGGAAAUUGAUUACAUUAUACACAUACACUUCCAAUCUAAACCAAUCAUGUCAUAUUACACUCUUGCAUAAUUCAGAGAAUGCAUCUGCUUGUAAGAUGAGGGAACUUGCAGCCCUCACCCCCACUCCCCCAAAAAUUCCAGUGUCCAUAGGUUGUGUUUCUUAAAGAUGUUCUUUGGAACAUUUGUGAACUUAGAUUAAUCUGAAGAGUGAGUAAAGGUUUCUUGGCGCCCCCUAUCCAUUUAUUACUGUAACUUUCAAAGUUUAGAGUGUACCGGCAAACACAAUCCACUAAUGAAUAUAUUAAGACCCAAAGGGCAAUAUGAAAUUUUUAUAGAAUAUAUUUAUCCUAUAGUCAGUCCUGUAGCAGCUUAUGUUUCUCAUAAAGGACAUUAUCUGCUGAGUCUGUGUAAAGUAACAGAUUCCAAACAAAAUUGUGGCAAGUUUCCUUCAAUACAUGUUGUAUAUGGUCCACUGCAAAGUUUUUAAAGUAUUACCCCUCAGCUAUUUACUCUGAAAAGUACUUAUAUAACACAUGCAGGAAGAGUAAUUCCUAUUGCUUAAUAUACUCCACUGCAACAGCAAAAAGAUUCUAUGUGCACUAUUUAUGUUAUGAUUAAUAUGUAUAUUUUUGCUUUUAUUGCUCUUGCAUUUAAGAAAAGCAAUGUUUGAGAAGGUUUUGAUAUUCUGCAUACAAGCAAACAGACUUCUCUCCUUCUGCUGGCUUUGUUGAACCAAUUCCCAGUCUGAUCACACUACCUUAUGCAGAUAGAGCUCAGUAAGUACAGAUCAUGUACCAAGGGUAUCUCCCUUAUCACAAACACAAAAGAGACUUGCUUAAACUAUAAUGUAAAAAAAAAACAAAAAACUUUUUUUUCUAAGUUUUGUUUUCUGCUCGGAGAAUAGAAAUAUGAUUAAUUUUUAAAUGGCUGUAUUAUGUUUUUUGGGGUUUCUUGUUGGCUGUUGUCCUCUAAUUUAUUGAAAUUGCAUUCAUAUUUUCGACAUUCAGAUAUGUUCGCAGCCCGAGUAUGCCUUACAUUUUCAGUUUUAAGGGUCUUGUACAUUAAUGCCACCAUUUAAAUUUCAAAAGGGAUACAAAAAUGUUUCUUUUUUAACAUAGAAUUACACCAAUUUUUAUUAUGGUUUAAAUAUGUAAACAUUUUCCAUACUGGUAUUUAACAGUGUUAUUGUUCUGUGUAGUGUAAUAUAUGAAUAAAUUAAUGCAGCAACAA